UGCGCUGGCAGAGCAACAGUCACACUGACCAUGUGGAAACCGGGCUCAUGAAGCUCUCGACUAUAACGGACCUGCGAAUGUUCGAAGCUGUGAUUGACGUCCAGUGCUGGGAUCAGACGUUUGAACGUGCCGGGCCACUCGCUGUGUAUCACUGAACCGCGACUCUAGGCAACAUGUGGGGGUUAUCAUCGGACCUAUACCCAAUUAAAGCCCAUUUCUUCUUAUACAAUGGCGCUCAGGCAUGUUACCUCAAUUACUUGGCAGUGGUCGGCAAGCAGGCUGGAGUCAGUGCUUCCACUACUGGGAUCAUCUUCGGAGUCGCGCCUCUGAUCACCACAAUCAUGAAGCCCAUUGUUGGGGCCAUCUCCGAUCGAAUCCAGAACAUCACGGCUGUGAUCAUGGUGUCAGAGAUACUCCUGAUGGCUUUCUGUUGGGGCGUCUUCCUUGCACCUGAAUGGUCAUCGCGGCUUUUGUUGAAUCGAUCCUUCGACUUGUGCCCCCAGAACUUCACAACAGAAAUCGAGAAUUUCGCCAACGGUACCGAAUGCACGUUGUCCUGCGAAUCGAGCACGAGGUCCAUUUACAUCGAUAACCCGGUCUCGAAUUGCAAUGCUUCAUGCAGCAUCGACUGCAUCUCAGCCGACUCUCAUCUGUCCACACUGGGGCUCUUGAUGUACAUCGUUUCGAUAUUGUUGACUUCUUCGCUAGCAGCCACCUUGUACUCAAUCUCGGAUGCCGCCUGCUUCGCUACCCUUGGGCCAAAACGAGACCAUUUGUACGGUCGACAGAGACUCUGGGGGACGCUGAGCUGGGGCAUCAUCAGUCCUGCGAUCGGAGCCAUCAUAGACGCCUCGUCCUCCGGUGGUCAGACAGAUUUUUCGGCCAGCGUUAUAGGUUUCACAAUUCUCAUCUGCAUCAACAUUGUGAUGCUUUACUGCGCCCCGCGAUUCAAGACUCCUGUACGUUCGAACAACUUCUUCUCGGACUUGAAAGACGCUUUCACGGAUGUCGACGUGAUCAUAUUUUCUGUUUGGGUUUUCUUCUGCGGGGUUUUCAUCGGGAAUAUUUGGACUUACUCCGUGUGGCUCCUCGAGGAACUCGAUGCGUCCAAGACGCUGACCGGGUUGACGUAUAGCGUGCAGUCUCUGCUCAUCGAGAUUCCGAUGUUCUUCAUUGCUGGAUAUCUCAUCGAGCGACUAGGUUACUUCGGCUGUAUGACGACCGCCUUCAUUUGUUUCGGGAUAAAGCUAUUGGGAUACUCCCUCUUGGUCAAUCCCUGGUAUGCCCUCUUGGUGGACAUUGUGGGCGGAGCGGUUUUCCCCAUGUUCUAUGCCGCCACAACAGCUUUUGCGAAUCAGGCCGCUGCUCCCGGAACUUCUGCGACGAUGCAAUGCCUCUUCGGCGCCAUAUACGAAGGCCUAGGGAUGGCCGUCGGUAGUUUUCUCGGUGGAAGUCUCAUACAACCGUUCGGCGCGAAGGGCGCAUUCCGGAUUUUCGGUAUGAUGGCUCUUGUAUGCGCACUCCUGUGUUCACUUACAUCCCGCGUUAAUCCCUCGAGGAUAAGAUCACAGGGACACGAUCAGACUCCCGCCCCGGACAUUCAUACGAGUUACGGGAGUGUCGAUACCGUCUCCGCUUGAGCCUCAGGUCUUUCGGGCUCCUGGGCGGAAUUUCCGAAACCUUAGAGGAGGAAUCCUAAACUUGGACGAAGAAUAAUCGUAGAUUAGCCUGCCAUGAAUUAUAAAUAUUGUGAAAUACGAGAGCCUUGUACAUAUAUUGAAUCAUUUCCGCGAAGUCACCGCGUGCUGAGCUUUCGAGAUCGAGUUUGUGACGAAGAUCUGUUAACUGCUCAGCCCAGUGGCGGGGCGCGCGUAAGAGGACGCAAAUAAACGUAUUCUUCCAGAGAAA